AUGCCUGGGGGUGCUGGGUCUGCUCGUGUGGCCGCCGGUGGUGCUUCGUCGAGGCGGGAGCCGCUCUCUCCACAGGAGCUGCGCGAGUGGUUCGCCCGCCGCUGGAGACGUGCUGCUGAGUCUGGGGGUGCUGCUGGAGCUACUGGACUUGGUCCUACUGGAGCUGCUGUUGGUCCUGGUGCUGCUGGAGGUGGAGCUGCUGGGGUUGUUGGCGCCGGUGUUUCUACUGGUGCUGGUGCGUCUGGAGGUGCUGCUGAGGCAGCUUGUGCUAACGUUUCUACUGGAGUUGGAGCUGCUGGGGGUGUUGGCGCUGGCGGUGCUGCUGGCGCAGGUGCUUCUGAGGGUCCUGGAGUUGGCGCUGUUGGAGCUGGAGAUUCUGCUGGCGCUGGUGCUGCCCCUGGGGGUCCUGGUGCCGUCCUUGCUGGUUCUAGGGGCGCUGCGCGGCCGAGGCCGUACCUCGUUCCCCUCCUGGAGCAGGUUCUUGGUCUCCCUCCCUCUACUGGUCCUGCUCCUCCCUUAGAGUGUCCGCAGCCUGUCCAGUCGCAGUCCCAGUUACAGCCCGCCUCCCCGCUACCUGCUCCUUCUCCCUACACUGGUCCUACUGGAGGUCUUGCUGAGCGUCGUGAGCCUGCGUCUCGUCUUGCAUCGCCUGUUCGUGCUACUCGCACUAGUGGUCGUACUGCGCGUCCGCGUCCUCCUGCAGUCCCCGGCACACACCAGAUGGCACUGCGUCCGUCCACUACUCCUCUGCGUGUCCCUUUGCCUUCUCCUCUAGAGUCCUCUCUUCCUUCGCUUGCUGACCGGGAGUCCGACUCCCUUUGUGCUGCUAGUCCUUCGGUCACGCGCCUUCUUGCUACUGUUGUCAGUGACCCUACCUUUGAGUUUACUGCUGCGUCUGCUCUAGUUGCUGAGCUUGUCGACUUCGCUGCUCGCUGCCGUCUAGACUACGCUGCCAAUCUUAUUGCUGCGUCUGAGUCCGUCUGUCCUCCGUCCGUCGAGGGUGAGUGUGCUCUUAGCACGGACGUCCUUGAGGACAAGCAGGAGGAGUUCCAGUGCUUUGCGGCUGCUUUGCCCCAUCUUGCGUCCUCGCUGAUUGCCCCUGAGGGAGACCCGGAUGCACCAGACAUCCCGACUCCUCGAUCGGUGAAGCGGCCGCCGGGCUCUCCGCCUGUCUUCAAGGCGCGUUACGUGGCUCGAGGCUUCAGUCAGCGGCAGGGAGUUGUCUACUUUCAGACCUUCUCUCCCACCCCGAAGAUGACCACUCUUCGGGUGCUGCUGCACAUAGCCGCUCAGCGCGACUACGAGCUUCACUCUCUUGACUUCAGCACAGCUUUCUUGCAGGGCAGCCUGCACGAGGAGAUCUGGCUGCGCCGCCCUCCUGGCUCCACUGGGUUGUUUCCUCCUGGUACCCAGUGGAGCCUCCGGCGGACAGUCUAUGGUCGACGUCAGGCACCCCGUGAGUGGCACGACACACUGAGGACUACACUUGCGGCUCUUGGGUUUGCUCCUUCUACAGCCAACCCGUCGCUGUUUCUACGCACCGACACCUCCCUGCCGCCAUUCUACAUCCUCGUGUGCGUCGACGACUUGAUCUUUGCCACUGCUGACACUGCUAGACUCGCUCACGUGAAGUCCGAGGUGCAGAAGAGACACACGUGCAUAGACCUGGGGGAACUGCGCAGCUACAUUGGCUUGCAGAUCACCCGGGACAGAGCACAGCGCACCAUUACCCUGACUCAGUCAUACAUGGUGCAGCAGGUCCUUCAGCGCUUCGGCUUCACGUACUCCUCGCCUCAGGCCACUCCUCUGUCUACUCGCCACUCGCUCUCAGCUCUGCCUUCGGAUGAGUCCGUAGAGUCGAGUGGCCCGUACCCAGAACUUGUUGGCUGCCUCAUGUACCGGAUGACCUGCACACGACCUGACCUUGCAUACCCUCUUAGCAUCUUGGCACGCUAUGUUGCUCCUGGGAGACACAGACCAGAGCACCUGGCUGCAGCGAAGAGGGUGUUGCGCUACCUGUGCAGUACGUCAGGCAUGGGGCUAGUGCUUGGAGGGCGACGUCGAGUAGUCCUCACAGGUCACGCUGACGCUUCUUGGGCUGACGACCAGGCUACGGAGCGGUCGUCACAGGGUUACACCUUCAGCCUUGGCUCCGGUUCUGUUUCGUGGCGGUCUACUCGCUCGUCCUCUGUUCUUGGCUCCAGGUGGCAGGCUGAGAUCUACGUAGGGGCCAUGGCUGCACAGGAGCUACGCUGGCUCACCUACCUUCUGACUCACCUAGGAGAGCAGCCUCGUUCUCCUCCAAAUCUGUACGUAGACAACAAGGCCAUGCUGGCCUUGUGUCGAGAGCACAGACUGGAGCACAGAACGAAGCACAUUGCUCUCCGCUACUUCUUGUCUCGUGAGCUGCAGCAGCGCGGUCAGCUGCGCCUUGCUUACGUGGCCUCUGAGACCAACACUGCUGAUAUCUUCACCAAGGCCCUUCGGCCUUGUGAUCAUCAGCGUUUUUGUACUGUGCUAGGUCUUGUGCCUACCUGGCCUCACUUGCUCACUUCUUGA